AUGGACGCAAUCUUCUUAACGGACGAUCCGAAUACCCGGAAACAGUUUAUCGGGUCGCUAGCUCAUUCUUUCGGGUGCAUCUACGUUUCUCUCUGGUCCUAUUAUUUUCCUCGACCUUCUAACUACUUGAUAUCAUUGGAUGGAUAUUACAAUGAAGCAUCUCACGAGCCUUCUACGUCUACUGGAAGUUUAGCCAGACGACUGUUCCAUGAGUAUCGCCAAUCCAUCAUCCCUCUCCAAAAUGGACAUAUACCAAGCAUGGCGUUCAUGAAUAAUCUCCCAUAUUUAGAGAUUCGGACACAGGAUAUCCAAAGACUUGCUUCCAACGACGCACAACGUCUCUUCUAUCAGACGGUGAUAUUCAUGGGUUGUCGGAGCGGAGAGAUCGAACUCGGAUUGACGUAUGAUGCUGCAAAUAUGAAAAUAGAAGAAAGUCUUCGAGAUUGGUUCCCUGAAGAUUUCAGUAGAAAGACGUCUCCGGUCAGCUCCGACUAUCUCCGUCCACCGCAUCCUCCGUCUUCAUCUUCUUCCUCUCUUAGAUCACUAGACAGCCCCCAAAACGCCUCAGAAUAUUCCUCUCUCUUAUUCCCACUCAUCCCUAAACCCUCAACAACAACUGACGCCGUUAACGUUCCGUUAAACCCGCUGCUAGCUCCGGCCACGACAGCAACAACGACCAGCAUGAUCCAUCAGCAACAACAAGAGCCUUUGUUUUGCAACCGUGAACGUGAUGAGGAAGCAAUGGCGCAAGCUAUCUUGGCAGUUUUGACGGCGUCUUCAAGUCCUUCUACUUCUUCAUCGCCGCAGCUAAAAGGAAGGGCCACCGCUUUUAAGAGAUACCACUGCAUGAUUAGCGGCGGUAGAGCACCGCAACCACCUAGUAGUGUACGGCGGCAAAAUAUGAUGAAAAGAGCUAUCUCGUUCUACAAUAGUCUUAACUUUGACCGGAGAGAGCGUUUUUCUACUGGCGGCGGCGGUGGUGAUGGAAUCGGUGGAAGCGGGCGUGGGCCAACCGCAACGCAGUUGCAUCAUAUGAUAUCGGAGAGGAAACGGCGUGAAAAGCUUAAUGAGAGCUUUCAAGCACUAAGAUCUCUCCUUCCUCAUGGAACUAAGAAAGAUAAAGCAUCGGUCCUAACAACUGCAAGAAAGCAUCUAACUUCUUUGCAAGACGACAUUGCGAAGCUACUAGAGAGGAAUAGGGAGCUGGAGGCUAAGCUAGCAGGAGAAAGAGAGAUGGAAAAUGAUUUACAACCUGAUAAGAGGUUUAACGUACGUAUAAUACAUAUACCGGAAUCCACAUCCAGAGAAAGAGUAGUGGAUCUAAGAGUUGUUCUCAGAGGAGACAACAUUAGGGCAGAUGAUUUGAUCAUAAGGCUUCUAGAGUUCUUAAAGCAAAUCAACAAUGUGAGUUUAGUAUCAAUCGACGCUAAAACCCGAGCUAGAGAAGAUGGAGCUAAUUCGAUCGUUCUCGUGAGCCUAAGGCUAAGGAUUGAGGGUGAAUGCGACGAAUCAGCCUUCCAAGAAGCAGUCAGAAGAGUUGUUGCUGACUUGGCUCAAUGA